CCCGUGGGAAAGGACGGCGGGUGGGCUACACGCACCAGAGACCGGCGCCCGCCUUACUUUUCCCCUCCCUUCGCUUUCCCUCCCCCCCCUCCGGGGGCCGGGCAGUUGCGGGGCGGCUCCCUCCGCUCGCCCCUCCCGCCGGGCCGGGCCCGGGCCACAGAGGGCGACGGUGGGUUGGCUGCUCGCUGGGCAUGAACGCGGGUGGCUACGCUCCCGGCCCAGCGCCCUAGCGCCGCGGCCAGGGAGGGGAGAGGAGAACAGCGGAGCGGCGCGGCGGAGAGGAGAGGAGCGGAGCAGGGCGGGCCGUGCCGCGCCAUGCGGCUGUGCGGGGCGCUGCUGAAGAGCCCCAUCCCCAAGCAGAUCGAGUACUACUCCCGCUUCUCACCCUCGCCCCUCUCCAUCAAGCAGUUCCUCGACUUCGGUCGUGACAAUGCAUGUGAGAAGACUUCAUAUAUGUUUCUGCGUAAAGAACUUCCUGUGCGACUAGCUAACACCAUGAGAGAAGUCAAUUUGUUGCCUGAUAACUUACUCAACAGGCCUUCGGUUGGGCUAGUACAGAGUUGGUACAUGCAGAGUUUCCUUGAGCUUUUAGAAUAUGAAAAUAAAAGUCCUGAGGAUCCUCAUGUUCUGGAUGACUUUUUAGAUGUUUUAAUUAAAGUCAGGAACAGACACAAUGAUGUGGUUCCAACCAUGGCGCAAGGGGUGAUUGAAUACAAGGAAAAAUAUGGCUUUGAUCCAUUUGUUAGCAGUAACAUCCAGUAUUUCCUAGAUAGAUUCUACACCAACCGCAUCUCUUUCCGUAUGCUUAUUAACCAACACACACUUCUUUUUGGUGGAGAUAUUAAUCCUGCUCAUCCCAAACAUAUUGGAAGUAUUGAUCCUAAUUGUAAUGUGGCAGAGGUGGUUAAAGAUGCUUAUGAAACAGCUAAGAUGUUGUGUGAACAGUACUACUUGGUGGCACCAGAUCUGGAAGUUGAAGAAUUCAAUGCAAAAGCUCCAAACAAGCCAAUUCAAGUAGUCUAUGUACCUUCUCAUUUGUUUCAUAUGUUAUUUGAAUUAUUCAAGAAUUCAAUGAGAGCUACAGUGGAAUUGCAUGAAGGUAAGAAAGAAGGCUAUCCGUCGAUCAAAACCUUAGUCACAUUGGGGAAAGAAGAUCUAUCUAUUAAGAUAAGUGAUCAAGGUGGAGGCGUACCUUUAAGAAAAAUAGACAGAUUGUUUAACUACAUGUACUCAACAGCACCCAGACCUAGCCUGGAGCCCUCGAGAGCUGUGCCUUUGGCUGGGUUUGGCUAUGGUUUGCCAAUUUCUCGUCUGUACGCUAGAUACUUUCAAGGUGACCUUAAACUGUACUCAAUGGAAGGCGUUGGUUCAGAUGCUGUAAUUUAUUUGAAGGCCCUUUCAAGUGAAUCAUUUGAAAGACUUCCCGUUUUUAAUAAGUCAGCAUGGCGACACUACAAGACCACACCUGAAGCAGAUGACUGGAGCAAUCCCAGCAGUGAACCAAGGGAUGCUUCUAAAUAUAAAGCCAAUCGAUAAUUUGCCAUCUUUUGUCUCUGUUGGAGAUGACCUCUGCAUUCAGUAUAAAGUCUCUGCUUUGUUCCAAAAUCCUUCAAACCACAAUAGCUAGUAACUUCCAAACAAAGACCUAAUCAGGGCAUUGAAAAAUACUAAGAACAAAGUGAUGAUUGGGACUUAAAGGAAGGCACUAAGCACGUUUAGUAUGUGAGUCCCGUCUACUUCACCAGAAUAUGCUUGGUUGCUGCAGUCGUGCAUUGACAAAAGGGAUUGCACUACGCUCGCACUUAAGAAUAUGAUGUUGUAACAGAAAGAUUGUCUGAAAUGGUCAAUUUUGAUUCCAGUCUGAGGACUGGCAAGAUGUGUAGAAUACCUUUAAAUGGUGAAUAUCUUGCACAGCAAUAUGGUAGAAAAGUUCUAACAUAGUUAAACAUACACUUUGAAAAUCCACUCUGCUGCAUUUCAUCUUGCACAGUGUCAUCUAUUACAAGAAAUCCCUUGAGCUCUUGAGGAUUUGUAUCUGAUGAGCUCAUAAAUGCAUAGUUCUAAAAGGGUUGUGCAGCUUUAAACUGAUGCUUUUUCCCAAAUCCAUUUGUCACAUGCAUAUGAAAAUUACUUUGUUAUAUAAGACAUUGGGACUUCUUGGUAUGCACCUUAAGGAUUUUAUGAACACACAAACACAGAAAUGCAUUUCCAUAUGUGUUCCCUUGUUUUGAGGAAAGAUCAUAAGUAGUGGGAUCAUCUCUCCAUACAAGAAAUUCCAUCACUACAGAGGCAGAGGGUCAUUCAAUUUCAUGCUUAUUGCCCAUCAUUUUUGGGGGGGUUGGGAAGGGGAGGGAAAUACUGAAAGGCCCGAGAGCCAGACAUACAAAUGAAUUUGCCUUAAGAAUGUUGGUUGCUUGGAACCUGAUUAGUUUAAAACCUGUAAAUAGUUUGCAAAGUUAUUUAUAUAUUCAAUGUCUGACUAUAGUCUCGUAACCUGAAUUUAUAGUGUAUAUAAAGAUGAUGUACACCAGCUUUUGGAAAGUGUCAUUGGUCUAAAUACAUGAGACUGGAAAUAUAGAAGUGAGAGGGACAAAAAAUAGCUGGUACCUGAUUUAAGGAAAAAAAAAAGUAAAUUCCCUUUGAAUUUUUUGUAAGGGUUAUUGAUGACUGUUAGGAAGCUGUUCUUCACCAAGCCUAUGCCAAAAAGUGUUUCUGAUACUAUAGCUUUUCAGAGAAACUUGUUGAUAUUUAGAAGUUCUGGUGGUAUCCUAGCUAUGGGAAUAAAGUAGAUGAGUUGUAAGCAGCUGUGAUGCACCCUCAGUUUAUCUUAGGUGUUUUGAUAUUUUUUUGAAAGAUACUGCAGAUUUUAGCAAGGAAAAAUGAAACUUGUUUACCAGAAGCGUGGGGGAGCUGUCCCUUUUGUCCUCCCAAUAUAUAUUUUUUAUAAAGAACUGAUCUGUUAGGUAAGCAGGGAAAUGCUGAGAAGUUCCUGGGUAUUUAAAAAUAAAGAAACCCUACAAAAUAAAUCUUAGUUUGACUUGACAAUAGUACUUUGCACUUCUAUAGCACAUUUCAUCAAAGGAUUACAAAGCACUUUGAGCAAUAAACUUCAUACACCCCCAUUCCUGAGGAGUCAGAGUCCUUGCCUUGCAAACCUUUACUCUUCCCUGUCGCAGUCCAUUCAGGCAGUUGUGUGGGUAGCUCAUGGGUUUGCAGGUUCUGUGAGCUUCACAGCACUGUGCAGCCACCACACAGCACUAGGUACCCUCAGCACACGCCAGCAGAGUGUGGCCAGGCUGUUCAGAGGUGGAGGCAGCACCAGGCAGCUGCUGGAGGCUGCCUGGCUCCUUGGCUGCCAAGCUGUGCCCUUCUGAGCCCCCUCUUCCAGCAGGUAGGAAGAAGGAAUGUGUGCUGAAGGGACUGUCCUCUUCUGUUCCCCACCUGGACACACUGGACCCUGACUGGGGGAUCUUUACAUGGUAUAGGGGAGCCUGCAGAGCAAUAAUCUUCCCACGACUUCAGGCACUGCUGCAGAGAAGACAAUUGCCCUUCAAGAGCUACAGCUAUGCUGCUGGGGUGAAAUCAGUACCGGUUUGACAGGAACACCAGCUGGAAGUCCCAUCUACUAAAAUUUAGUCACUUGAUUUCUGCCCUGAUCUGUAACUUCUUCCUGUGUUUAAAUUCAUUUCAAGUUGUGUGUGUUUUCUAGUAAUUCCAGAGGAGGCCUUGCUUUAAGACAGAAAAUUGCUGCAAAACAAAUGUUUCCACAAUUGAAUGUGGUCAGUUUCUUCCUAGAACGGUACCUAAAACAUUCCAAGGAAUGUGAUAGUUUAUCUAAGAAGCCGAGUUUCAGCGUUUUUUAGAAGUUCUAUUUUAAAGUAGUAAAUCCUGACCUUGUGCUUCUCUUUAGCUAUCUAUUAUACAUGAAGAGGAGAGGGAACAGAAAGAAAAGAUGAAAGGCAUAUAAACCAUGGAAGCAAGCUGAUGAUUCCGUGGAGGCUGUUGUGGUAUAUUAGUCAUUUCACUUAUUCACAAAACCAGCUGUCUGGCUUUCAGGACUGAAGUGCUCUAGUACCUGAAAAAUAAGUCCCCUGAAAUAAACCCCCUCACUAUUUUCAAGAGCCUUGAACAGCUCAAAACAGGAAGUCAGAGCAUAAGGAAUGCAUCUUCUUUCCAUUUCCCAAGGUUUGUUCAUGGGCGUUCCAGUGAAUGUGAGAAAGAAGCAAUUUACCUCCUCUCCAGCCAUGUCUAGGCAGCCUGUGCUUUAGGGGAGAUCCCGGGUAUGCCAUAAAUUGGUUUUCACUCCCUAUAUGUUUCCACAUAUAGGGAGUAUCAGUCUGAAAACUGUCUUGGGGAAACAACAGCAGCAGACUUUGGAUUAGAAGAAAGUUUUGCAGUGGAUAUGCCUGAAAAAGGAGGAUUGGGUGGGUUUGUAAUAUGGUUAGUUUAACUUACAGGUACUGAUCUUUUUUCAGUUACUUCUACCGUUGAUUGGAGUCUGUUGUAAUGAAUUGUUUUAAUAUCCUGGGGCUCUCAGUUCCAAACUUGCUGGUGAUUGUGGGUUUCAGCUGUAUGACCUGCUGAUGAUAUUGCAACCUGCUUGUCUUAAGUUACAGGACACAUAAACAGGAGAAAAGAAAUGCUUUCACGGAAAACGUUUCAUAUCCAUUGUUUAGUGACUAACGGAAGCAGGCUAACAAGAGAUGUUUGCUUCUUGAUUCUUGCUGAGAAUUUACAGACAACUUCUAUAUGUAACAAAUACCUGGACUUUUUUGCCCAAUGUGAGUUUUUCUGGUGUAUUCCUUCAACGUGACCUAUUAACCCCCUGCCUAGUUUAAUAUUAAUAACUGCCUCUCCAAGUUAUAUUUGUGUUUGUGCACUCUGCUUUUCUGGGCUUUGCUUUGAAGCUGACAAGGGGUCUUUCAGAGUCAGUGCUUGAUGAUGAGUACUCAGAAGAUACUGAAGUGCUGCUUUUGCCACUCAAAUGUGCAGUCUUUGCCUCUGCGCUUGAUUGUGAAGACCUAGGAUAGUACCCAGAAAGUCUUUGUCCUGCUGCAGUCGUGCUGCCCAUUGGGUAGUAUUUAGAGCAAGUCCCUUGCCACACGCCUAAAGAAGACGGGUAUUCAUUGUAGUGUUCUUGGGAAACUCAAGAUACUUCUUUUGGCUAUGUAAACUACAUUUACCAGUCCAACUGGAUAGCAUACUUUUGUCUUCAGUGACCUGUUGAAUUUGCUUAGAAACAGCUGUUCACAUGCUCCAAGAAGUACAGUGAUCUUUCAGUGUAGCGCAGACUCCUAUUCCUCUCCACCCAAGCUUGCUAUGUCAGUUGAAGUCUUGACCUUGUUGCCAUGGAAGACAUUUCACCACCUCUCCAUCUUUAAUAAGCGCUUCUAGAUCCUUAGGUGUUAGGUGCUGCAAAGUGCAAAGUGAUCUUGAUUGUCAGAAAUCAUUUUGUAGAAAACAGCCUACGUGUUUCUCAUUGGCAUUUAUCUCGUGAGGAUGACCGUGUCUGAUUGUGUGGUGUUACAUUUCCUUACAUGUUUCCUCGGCUGCCAUAUAAGUGCUGUGGUUUCCAGUAGCUUUUCAUCUCUUCUGCCUGACAUACUCACCUGCCUGUGAAUUAAUACAUGUGCAAACGUUGUGUGUGCAGAACUUAAGAGAAUAUGAUGUCACAUGACAGAACGAUGUGUUACUGAGUUCAAAUGACAAAGGAGGAACAGAGCCACAAACUGUGUAGUGACUUCAGGGCUGAGUCUUGCCCUGUGAAUACUUGCACAGGUAAAGAGUAUAUGAAAGUAAUCCCACUUAAAUUAAUCUGUUCUCAGGAUCAGGACUUCAGCUGUUUGCAUUAAUUUGAAAUGAUGAAGAUUUCUGUAACUGAAGUAGCAUUCUAAUUAAAAAUAACUAAGAAAAUUUUAAGUUCAUGUGCUUUAAUUGCAGUAUUAUGUUGCCUUAAAAGGUGUCAGAAAUGGGCAUUGAGAACUUGUUUCUUUCUUAAAUACUGAGGGGUUUUUUUUCAUGUCGUUAUCAGUAGGAUUGAUGUGUUUGGGAUAAAUCUGACACUGACUAACUAGUAUUCAUCACAGAAUCUUAAGGAUUGGAAGGGACCUUGAAAGAUCAUCUAGUCCAACCCCCCUGCCAGAGCAGGCCACAUAGAGUAGGUCACACAGGAACUCAUCCAGGUGGAUUUUGAAAGUCUCCAGAGAAAGAGACUCCACAACCCAUCACCCGCGCUCCCUCACCCUCACAGUGAAGAAAUUCUUCCGUGUAUUUCUUUGGAACCUCUUGUGUUCCAGCUUGUACACAUUGCCCCUUGUCCUGUCCUUGGACAUCAUUGAGAAGAGCCUGGCUCCAGCCUCCUGACACUCACCCAUUACAUAUUUGUAAACAUUAAUGAGAUCACCCCUCAGUCUCCUCCAAGCUAAAGAUCCCCAGCUCCCUCAGCCUUUCAUCAUAAGGGAGAUGCCCCACUCCAUCAUCUUGGUGGUCUUGAGCUGAACUCUCUCCAGCAACUCCCUGUCCCUGAACUGAGGGGCCCAGAACUGGACACAAUAUUCCAGGUGCAGUCAAUCGCUGAGAGGUGGCAGAUGGCCAGGCCUUUGAAACUCAUAGCCUGGGUAGAUGGUAGCAGGCAGUGGUGGGGCAGACGUUGAGCGGUGUCAAACCGUCAGUGCUCUCAGCAGGUGAAGGGCUGACGGGCUUGCUGGUGAGUUGGGCUGUGUUGUGCCUGGUGGCCGAGAGGGAAAGAGAGUUCAUGUUGCCUUUCCUCAGGUGGCAUUAUUUGCAACAACUGAACCUAUAGUGGAGGAGUGGGAAGCUAAUUUUUUGUGACAUCACUUGGUGAUGUUUUAAAUUUCAUGUUGAGUCUUCUGUAACUUGUGUUGGAAUUGUUUGUAGUCCAAUACCCACGUAUAUAACUUGUGUGUGCUCUUAUUUUCCUUUUUUCAUUGCUGACAAAAAUAUGGACAAAAUACACAAUGACAUUUUCAAGGGACUGAUUCAGUUUCACACACUGUGGAGCUUAGUUGGCAGUUUGGCAGCCCAGGGCCAGCUUCACACAUGCCUACAGAGGGACACUUGUAGAGAGCUGCACUUGGGAGCUCAGAGUAAUACUAGAUAAAAAUUGUUUUCUUGCCUGUUUGUCACAGUUUGAAGUCUUCUGUGGAAAGAUACAUUUGACUAUUUCCAUGUCCAUCUCCUUCUCCCCCUGAAAUUUAUUAUUAAUAUUGCAAGCAUAAUGUAUUUUUUGUUAAGGUGGUUCUACAACUAUAUAUAAAUGUAAUUGCUUCUGUAUUUCCAGGUAGAUCUUAAGACUUUCAAGCUUCCAUUGUCUUUCAUGAAUAUGUUUUAGUCCUGUCAGAUAUCUUUAUGAAAUGCUUGUUUUCACACAACACUGUAGUAUUCAUUCUGAAGUUACCUUUCAGUGAUUCGUGUGUCGCUAGAUUUGGUUUUAAAAAGAUAAUGUAACUGAACUAAACAAUCUUUGAUUUUGCUGUUCUGCCAAGGACCUGAUAUCAGAAUAACUACAAAGACAGCAGGUGCACAGAAAAUAAAAUUGUUCUCCAUUUGAAUGGAAGAAUUGAAA